UUCCCUGUGAAUGGUAUCCAGCAGGUAGAAAAGAAGAAGACGCACAAUAACAACGCAAAAAAGAAAAAUCUAGCAAAAUUUUUAACACACCUAGGAAAUAAAAGAAAACCAGCAACAAUGGAAUCAAAACGUGAGAGAAAGUCUUCCUUGGAGUGCGAUUUUCAGGCCCCACUUUCGCCAUGUCCCAUUCCGGAUAUUACCGAUGAUGAUUUGGUGAGCAUUUCGGUAAGGGAUCUCAACCGAACCCUCAAGAUGCGCGGUCUGAAUCGCGAGGAGAUCGUUCGGAUGAAGCAGCGACGGCGCACCCUGAAAAAUCGUGGAUACGCCGCCAGCUGUCGGAUCAAGAGGAUCGAGCAAAAGGAUGAACUGGAGACCAAGAAGUCGUACGAAUGGACGGAACUGGAGCAAAUGCACGAGGAUAACGAGCAGGUGCGACGCGAGGUGGGCAACUGGAAGAACAAGUACAAGGCGCUGCUGCAGUUCGCCAUCCAGAACGAGAUUCCCAUUCCGAGCGAGCUGGAGGGCUGCUAGUGCCGAUUCGCCCCAGUCACAUUCCUGUUUUUGUCAAAAUUUCAAUAAACCCCAAAUGAAAACACCUGUAACUAAA